AUGGCAACAGAGGCUGCCGUUGACAGAGCCGUCGAUGCCCCUGCCUCCGAAUCCCAGCUCGCUGUACAGCCACUCGACACCCACAAUGUCUACCUCGACCGUUCAUCUGUGAAUGCUACUCCUAGCAUCGACGACAUCGAGAACAAACGCAUCACCAGUGUCGACGAUCAGAUUCAUUCCGCCGAUGUCAGUACGAGUGGAGGUUCGGACACGGAAGCUUCGAGAGCCGACGCAAAGAGUAAAGAUGGCGACAAGGGGCACGGCCGCACCGGUUCAUCCGUCAAAAAGCCUGCCACUUUCAAGUCCGUCUCUGUCAACAGGACCUUCCUCGCGGCCAAGGCGGCAAGUGCUAGUAGCGCCUCUGCUACCGCCGCCGAUAAACCGCCUACCGGAUCCAGCACCCCUCCUACCGGCUCGGCAACCCUCUCGUCUCGACCCCGACUGGUAGCCAAGACCGGUAGCAGCGCUCGCGAUUCCUCUCCUCGCCUUUCGGCUGCUAACGGAGGAAAACCCGGAUCUGCACCUGAUGCGAGCGCCGUCUGGAAUAAAAACCGCCCCCCCCCAGCCCCGGAACCUAAGAAGUUUACCGACGAGGAACUGAAGAAGUAUGGUAUUCACAUGGCUAGUCGCCUCGAGGAGGAGGAUGCUGCGGGACAGAACAAAUGGGCCGAUAUCGACGAUGACGACGAGGACUGGGCUCCUGAUGCCAUCACAUGGGGAGAUGGUACCAAGACGACUCUACCGCAUCCUGAUGAGCAUCCUACCCCCGAACCCGCCCCCGCUCACAUUCACGUCCCCGCCUCUGUUCCCGGCCCCGCAUCCGAGAAUGGUUCUGUUGCCUCCAAGGCCAGGGCUCUCGAGAAACCUAGGUCCCCAGCUCCGCAAGUAUCAGUGGGAUCUCCUCUCCCAAAAUCGAGUGGUCUCGCAUCUGGCAAGGGUCUCAUCCUUAAGAGCGGCUCCCAGGAUAAGCCGACUCUUGUUGCCAAACCACCGGCACCACCCGCUCCUGUCAAGUCCCCUUGGGCAACUCUACCUCCUGUAGAGAAGGCAUCCCCCGCCACCGAGCACGCCCAGCUCGUCCGUGGAUCGUACUCGCACCUGAAGGGCAUGACUCCUCCUCCCAAGGAGAUUGCUGCUGAUGAUUUCAACCGAUCCGCUUGGAGGGGAGAAGGUUCCCACGGUAAUAGGGAACUCUACAACUCCCACUCUGGGCGCUAUGAGCCCGCACCCGACCGCCGCGGUUCCAUGCGAAUGGAACAACACCCUAGGCAUCCGUCGCUGCUACAGCGCCCACCUUCCGAUUACCCGGCGGAACCAUCUCUCGCCUUCCAAACCAACAGAGUUUCCCAGGAGGUUCCCUUCGGAAGAAGGCGAGGUUCCUCCAAUGUGAGUGGUGGGAGCGGAUCGUUUAUGCGGAUGGGUAAGGGCAAUGAUGGAUCCAUGCCGCCCCCUGAGCUUCUCGGUGCUGCUCGACGGCCGUCCUUCGCAGGUUCCGUUGACAGCCCGGUUUCUCCAGGCAACCUCUCAGUUUCAGCCCACGGCCCUCCAAGGCAGUCGGGAUGGAUGCCUCGUGCAUCUCCCCGUACGGCCUUUGCAACCCCUCACCAAGCUGGCCCCCCUCCAGAGGCAGUUUCGGGACCUCCUCCCCCAGUGCAACCCGUGGUAGAUGAAGUUGAGUAUCAGAAAAAGUUGAUGCGGGAACGAAUCGAACUUGCCAGGAAGAGGCGCCAAGAGGAGGAAGCCCGUGAAGAGGCCGAACGCCGGGAGCGCAUUCAGAAGAAACUGGAAGCUUUGGGUCCUGCUCCGGAGAAGAAGACGGAAAAGAAGGAGAGCACGCCGAAACAUGAUGACUCCGCCAAACCGACACAGAUUCAGCAACGGGAUGCUAAUGUGCCCUCUUCUGAAACCACUGCCCAGUCUCAACAAGACGGCGACAAGGCUGCUGCAUCAUCUCAUGAGGAGACGCCAUCUCCAGACACCAAGACCACCCCUCCCUCUAACAAAGCAGGCUCUGCCAGGCGCGUUUCCCAGAGUCAAGAUGCCAAGCCUGCCGACCUGUGGGGUGCCGCCUCGGCCUCGCGACAGGAGCGAUUUGCAUCAUCCACAUGGAAUUCAGCGUCCCAACCAUCGUCCCGCAAUGUUUGGGGCUCCCCUAACAAUGACCGAGGCCUUGGAAACGGAACCUUUUACACCGACAUUGGACGCCUCCCUACUGAUGGCAGUGCCCCUGCGCAGGGCAGCAAGGGGCCGACCACAGCCCCCCCUCCCAUCGGAUCCCGGGUCUCGCGGUAUGGUGCUGCCGGUGCUGCCGGUGCUACUGGCUCGGAUCUUGCGAGCAAGUGGGUGGCAUCAGUGUCCGACAACGACAAAAAGAUGAGCGCAGCGAGAAUAGCUGAGAGGGCUGAGCGAGAACGCCAGCUUGCGGAACGAGGUCUAACAAUGGAGGAUGCUCAACCCGCGAUCAAAGAGACCUGGCGUCCAGUCCAUGCUCCUGGCGAUGGGACUCGACGGCCUGUUGGCCCACCUGACACUCAGGCACACCGACCUGGUGCUUGGAGAGGUCCUGGAGAUGAAAUUGCCAAGAACCAGCCUAAUAAGGGUUCCCUCCCCCCUGGUGCACAUGACGGUAUCGUUGGGGUUGGAGGUGCGAAUGCCUCUGUCCCUCCUCAGGACGAGCUUCCCGCUGGUGCAAAUUCCGGAAUUAUUGGAGUCGGCGGUACCAACACUGCCGCUCUACCUACGGGCGGUAAAGGAACAACUCCUUCAAGCCGCUCGUCACGGUUCUUCCCGUCCAGGGAUAUUCGGAAUGAGUCCGCUCCCGUUGACGCGCGAUCCAAGUCUCCCACCCCCCCACCCCCCACAAUGGAGGGACACCCGGUGUACGAGGGCGAUGUGAUGCGCCCUCACGUCUCUCUGCCUAAGCCUCAGCCGAUCGUGAAGCUGCCUCCUUCCAUGACCGCUUCUCAGCCAACGCAACCUCGGACGUCGUUUGGCUGGGCUAACCCGCCUCCCUUCAAGGACCCCAGAGCCCCUCUUAGCCCUGGUCGUGUCCCUCUCAGUGCUGGCGAGGCUACCCAAGAGAAGUGGCAGAGCCGAAUCAACAGCCUCCUGAACGGCGCAAAGUCUCCACCGCUGAAGUCGAUUGGCGUAGAUCCCGCGAGUAAGAGCGCGUUGGACCAUGCCACUCACCCGGACUCUGCGACGGUUUCGCUUCCCAGAGCCCCCCGAACCGCACGACCUGUUGGGAACCAGCGGGCCCUCAUCACGAAGCCCAUGGCCGAGGAGUGCUUCGAGGAGCAGGAGAUGGGAUCACUCCCCCAGAUCAGACUGCCACACAAGGCCCCCGAGGCGGCGUGGCAGCCGGCACUGGCACAAACAAAGCCUCUGCCAAAGAAAUUUCUGAUCCAAUCGUCUAUCAUGGAGCCAUACUACUUUCCUGCCGAGGUUGUUGGCGGGGGCAAUGCCAUGAGGAUCCAAUUCCCCGGCAUGUCCGAGCCCAAGAUUGUCACUGUUCCUUUCUCCGCAACUCGUGGCGGGCGAGGCUCCCAUACUCGGUCGGGGCCGCGCCACCGUGGAUCGACACACGAACGUCGAGGAGGCAAGAGAGAGGGGUCGAGCCCUCGUGGCGAGCAUGCUGUUCCAUCAUCCUCUGGUCGUGGUAGCCGUGGUAGCUACCGCAGCCGUGGAUCUGAGAACUGGAGCCGUGCCCCAGCGACACCCCCUUCGUUGUCUACCUAA